GGGUGAAGAUCUGUCUAACAUGCUGCACAGGAUCAACCAGCUCAAGUUGGACGUAGGGGUGUGACCUUCUCUCUCAACAUCUCCAAAGUCAAGUGGCCAACCAGUGUGGACACAAGUGGUGACCCAGUUGACCAUCUAGCUGUUGACCAGUCUUUGCAACAUAUGAAAGUUGGAUCAGCAGAGCUGAUAACCAUUGUAGGUGCUAGCUGGUAACCUCCGAGGCAAACUGACCAUUGUCCAGCUAGCUGGUAACCUCUGAGCUUGAUGUGAAAUGUGACUGGAUUGUGAUAUGUGGUGUUCCUUCACAGGACAUGCUGACGGUAGCUUUUCAAACAUCAGGCCGAAAGCUGUCCCAUUAUGGGUGCAGUAAAAUAUUUUCACCACCAGGUCAUGACAAUGUUUCUUGUGAUGUCAUAAUGAAUCGUACAAUACUACAUAAAAAAUAUCAAGUUUUUUUUAUAGUGUGUUGUUUCACUGUAUAUCAUUGAUAUAACUAGUUAUUUCUUCACUCUGUCCGACACUGGUUAUAACUUUUGAUACUACCUUGAUGUUGAGGGAGGGGAUUGGAAGGGCAAUACCUAGGCAGCAAGGGAGGUGAAUGGAAGGGCGAGACCUAGGCUCUGAGGGAGGAGAAUGAAAGGGCAAUAGUUUGGCAGCAAGGGAGGUGAAUGGAAAAGUAAUACCUAGGCAGCAAGGGAGGUAAAUGGAAGGGCGACACCUAAGCUCUUGAGGGAGAAGAAUGGAAGGGCAAUAUAGUUAGGCAGCAAGGAAGGUGAAUGGAAAGGAAGUGUGCACAUGAUGCCUAGGCAUUGAGGGAGGAGAAUGGAAGGGCAGUGAGGGAGAUGAAUGGAAAGAAAUGGGGAGGGAGUAGAACAGAAGAGCAACAUUGUUUUCAAGGCCUGGACUAUAUUGUUUGUUUCUAUUUAUGUAAAACAGGUUAUAUUGUUGACAAACUGAUUUGAAUCCGAUGUUUAUUUUAAUAGAUAGUGAUCAUGUCUUGUUGAUGUGGAAGUAUGUUUUUGAAAUAAAUAAAUUUGAUUGUGAUUUCUGAAACAAAUCUGUAGUUUAUGGUUUAUCUUGAGGGACCCUGGUUAAUCUAAAUAUUGUGUCAGAUAAUUUUUUACCAGUAUUCAACAAGAAUUACUUGUAAUUCUAUGUCUUGCCUGUCCUGCUAAGAGUUUUGUGCAAACUCCAAAAUUCACUAAAAAUUUCACUAUUUUCUCAAAAAAAAAAAA